UUUCUUCUAUCCCCUUAGAAGCACAAAAAAUUGAACUUUUUGAAAGAGAAAAGAAAAAAAAAAUGAAAGAAAGUGAGAAAAUUAAUAGUGAUAUAAAUAAGCUAAGCAAGAGCUAUUUUGAUGUUCUUGGAAUUUGUUGUACAUCAGAAGUUGUUUUGGUUGAGAAAAUUCUCAAGAAUCUUCAUGGUGUUAAAGAAGUUUCAGUAAUUGUCACAACAAAGACUGUCAUUGUUACUCAUGAUUCUCUUCUCAUUUCUCAACAACAAAUUGUUAAAGCAUUGAAUCAAGCAAGGCUAGAAGCAAGUAUAAGAGUGAAAGGAUUGCAAAACUACCAAAAGAAAUGGCCAAGUCCAUUUGCAAUUGGUAGUGGAAUUUUUCUUGCUCUUUCAUUUUUGAAGUAUUUUUUCUUACCUCUCCAAUGGUUAGCACUUGUUGCUGUUGCUGUUGGAAUUCCCCCUAUUAUUUUUAGGGGUAUUGCUGCCAUACGCAACUUCACACUUGACAUCAACAUUCUUGUAUUAAUUGCAGUUGCUGGAUCAAUAGUUUUACAUGAUUAUUGGGAAGCUGCUACUAUUGUGUUCUUAUUCACUAUUGCUGAAUGGCUAGAGUCAAGGGCAAGUCACAAGGCUACUGCUGUUAUGUCAUCACUGGUGAACAUAGUCCCUCCUACAGCAGUUUUAGCUGAAAACGGAGAAGUAGUAAAUGUUGAUCAAGUCAAGUUGAAUAGCAUUCUUGCUGUGAAAGCUGGUGAAACUAUACCAAUUGAUGGAAUUGUAGUCGAAGGGGAAUGUGAUGUGGACGAGAAAACUUUGACUGGGGAGUCAUUUCCAGUUUCUAAGCAAAAAGACUCGACGGUCUGGGCUGGAACUACAAAUCUAAAUGGUUAUAUCAGUGUUAAGACUACAGCUCUGGCUGAAGAUUGUGCGGUGGCUAGGAUGGUGAAACUUGUAGAAGAUGCACAGAACAAGAAGUCAAAAACUGAAAGAUACAUUGACAAAUGUGCUAAAUAUUACACACCAGCAAUUGUGGUUAUAGCUGCUGGUUUGGCAGUAGUUCCUACCGCAUUAAGGGUUCACAACCGAAAAGAAUGGUAUCGCUUGGCUUUAGUUGCUUUGGUGAGUGCAUGUCCAUGUGCACUUGUGCUAUCUACACCAGUUGCUAUGUGUUGUGCACUUUCAAAGGCAGCAACAUCAGGUCUUCUGUUCAAAGGAGCAGAGUACCUUGAGACUCUUGCUAAAAUCAAAAUCAUGGCUUUUGAUAAAACUGGGACAAUAACUCGAGGAGAGUUUGCAGUGACCGAGUUCAGGUCUCUCAUUGAUGGCCUUAGCCUCAAUACACUUCUUUACUGGGUUUCAAGCAUUGAGAGCAAGUCAGGUCAUCCGAUGGCAGCUGCUCUUGUCGACUAUGCACAAUCAAAUUCUGUCGAGCCAAAGCCUGAUAGAGUGGAGCAGUUUCAAAAUUUUACUGGUGAGGGAAUAUAUGGAAGAAUUGAUGGAAUGGAAAUCUAUGUAGGGAAUAGAAGGAUUUCUUCAAGAGCCGGAUGUACUACAGUGCCAGAACUAGAGGGUGACAGUAUACAAGGAAAGUCUGUUGGAUACAUAUUUUUGGGAUCCUCUCCAGCUGGAAUUUUCAGUCUUUCUGAUGUUUGUCGAACUGGCGUAAAGGAUGCAAUGAGAGAACUGAAGCAGAUGGGAAUCAAAACUGUGAUGCUCACUGGUGAUUGUUAUGCAGCUGCCAACCAUGUGCAGGAUCAGUUAGGUGAAGCUUUGGAUGAAUUUCAAGCAGAACUCUUACCAGAGGAAAAGGCAACAAUCAAAGGAUUUCAGAAGGAAGCUCCAACAGCAAUGAUUGGCGACGGACUUAAUGAUGCUCCUGCAUUAGCAACAGCUGAUAUUGGUAUCUCAAUGGGUAUCUCUGGGUCAGCGCUUGCGAAGGAAACAGGACAUGUUAUACUAAUGACAAAUGACAUUGGAAGGAUACCGAAAGCUGCACGUCUUGCUAGAAGAGUUAGAAGGAAAAUAAUUGAGAAUAUGAUAAUAGCAAUUGGUACAAAAGGUGCCAUAGUUGCAUUGGCAAUAGCAGGUCAUCCGUUGGUUUGGGCUGCUGUCCUCGCAGAUGCUGGGACAUGCUUGCUAGUGAUUUUGAACAGCAUGCUACUGCUGCGAGGAGCUACACGUAGACAUGAGAAAAAAUGUUGUAAAUCUUCUACUUCUUCGCAUGCUCACCACCACAAAAACAAAGCUUCUUGUUGCAAGUCAGAAAAGGCUCCUCAACUAUGUUGUUCUGAUAUUGAGUCACAAAAAGAAUGUAGAAAGCAAUCAUGCUCGUCUGAGGUGUGUGUUCAAAGACAUCAACCUUUCCCCUCAGGAUCAACGUCGAGUGGAAAUAAUCAACAUCAUUCUCAUUCGCAUCCUCAGUGUUGCUCAUCCAAGAUGUCUGUUACAGCAUGCAAAUCUGCAGUUUCAGAAUCAAAGUCAUGCGGAAGUAACAAUUGCUCAGACACCAUUCACAAGAGUAGUUGUCAUUGUUUGACAAACUCCUCAAUAAGUUCUUCAGAUUCGUCUGCUCCUCAAUGUCAUGUUGCCACUUCAAGCUCCAAAUCAUGUGGAAGUACCAAGUGCUCCAACUUAAUUGACAAAAAUAGUUGUCGAUCUCACGAAAUUCCUCAAGCGUGCUCUACCAAGAAGGCUGCUCAUGGAUGCCACUCUGAAGUUUCUGGUCCUAAAUCAUGUGGAAAUAGCAAGUGUUCUGACUCAAGAGACAAUAAUAUCCAUCAUUCACAUUCUGAUCAUCAAACAUGCGCGUCCAAGGUGUGUGCUCCACAAAGUCCAUCUGCAACUUCAAGCUCAACGACAUGUGGAAAUACAAAGUGCUCGGACACCACUAGCAAGAAUUCUUGUCAUUCACAUGCUAACUCUGAACCAUUCUCUUCAAAGAAGUCUGGUCCAGCAUGCCAAAAUGCUAAUUCAGGUUCGAGGUCAUGUGGAAAUCACAAGUGCCAAGACUCUGCAACCGAGCACGGUGUUCAUUCACUUACUGAUCCAGUCUCCAAGGAAAAGAUUUCGGAGCAGAAAAGGUUGGUUUUAGAAUCAAAUCAUGAUCUUAGUCAUGGCUGCUGUGAAGAGGAACAUGAUCAUCAUCCAAAUUUAGACAAAGCAUAUGACAGCUGCGCAUUAGAAGAAUGUCGUUAUUCGGUUCAAGGAGAUAUAAAUGACAUAUCAGAAGCUGGAAUCCAGGAAACUUCUCAUUGUGAUAGCACCAAUCAAACAUGUCAAACUGUAAUUUCAGGCUCAAUGAACUGUGGAGAUAAUAAGAGCCUGGACUCUGUAGACAUCCAUGGAUGUCAUUCACAUGCUCAUCCAUCCCACAAGGAGGAACCACAUCAUUCUGUUGGACAUGGCUGUUCGGACAAGGAACACGAUCAUUCACAUCCAGAGAAAGCAUAUGACAGUUGUGCAACACAAGAUUGUUGUUUUUCAGUUCAGGACCAUAGCAUUGACAUAUCCGAAAAUGGAACUGCUCAUUGUGACAGUAUUAAACAAAGCAUGGUCAUUCCAAGUAGCUGCAAACAUACACCACAAGAUCAGGUAAGUCACUGUGGAUUUCACUCUACAACUACCCCUACUGAUGAAGAACUAGCCAAGCUGGUUAGAAGAUGUUGCAAUUAUAGACCAUGCCACGAAGUCCGCUCUGUUUACAGAAAGCAUGCUGCAGAAUGUGGUCCAACCACCCGAUCAACCAUCAAUAUCUUACGGGACAACCAUCAUCAUCAUCUAGACUGCAGUGGUCGUAAGGUUUGUUCGCCAAUUGAGAAGAGACACAUUGGUGGAUGCUGUGAAACCUUCAGAAAAGAAUGUUGCCCCAAGAACAAUCAUUUUGCAGCAACUUUUGGAGGAGGUUUAUCAGAAAUUGUUUUAGAGUAAGAUGCAAUCUUAAAGUGUAAAUAUGUUGCAACUUUUCUACCUAUUUUAUCUUCAAGAAGCUGAGAUGCUAUUUUGUAUUAACAUAGCUAUUACAAUGGCUUGUAUAUUAAUCCUAAAAAUGGUUUGUGUA